AUUAUGACACUUGAUGUACAUUCGAACAUUUCAAAUUACUCAUGCAGUUAUCAUGUGCUUGACUUAUGUGCAGAUGGUACAAUGUAUACAGGUGAUAUAUAUGAUGGUAUAUAUUACACUGACAUUGAAUUCUAAUGCAGUAGUUCAUUAUCAGAAAGUAAUAUGAAUAUCUGUAAAAAACGUAUUCUCAAUUUGGGGAUUCUUUAUUCGUUUAAAAUGUUAAAAACAAUUAUAUAUUCUUACGUUUUACUGUUUAUUGUGAUCAAGACAGUGGAUUGCUCAUGUUCCUGUGACGAAGCGGAUUCAGACUUCAUGAUUGGUGUUAAUCUACUCUAUUAUAAAUGUAAUGAUGAAAAUGAAACGAUCGCUUAUCCCAUCGCAACGCCAGAAGACAUGCUAAACGUAUUGGAAAAUAAACGAACAAUCUUUUAUAUCUUUGGAUAUUUAGAAUCCCCAGAGAAAUCUAAUGUUCAAAUAAUGAUGAAAGCAUUAUGUCACGAAAGAAUGGAUAACGUUGUAUUACUGGAUUGGAGCAAGUAUUCUACUGGCAAUUACUUAAGUGUUUUUGAAGAUGCCAAGAAAGUAGGAAGUUCAUUCGCCGAAAGUAUACAGAAACUCGUAAAUAGCGGUUUCAACGUAUCUAACAUUUAUAUCGUCGCGCAUUCAUUAGGCACGGCUAUAGCUGGUUUUGCUGGUAAAUGUAAUGACUUUAUGAUACCUCGUAUCACAGCACUAGAUCCUGCUAAUCCUAUAUUUAAUCCUUUGGAGAGUUGUUAUCUAACGAAAGAUGAUGCGUCAUGGGUUGAUGUUAUCCAUACAGACAUGGGUGGAUAUGGUACCUAUUAUCCUAUGGGAACAGCAGAUUUCUAUGCAAAUAGUGGUCACCGUCCUCAACCUGGUUGCCCCUUAAUUGGUAUUCCCUUGGACACUGAUCUCUGCAGUCAUCAAAGAUCAGUCGAAAUAUAUGCAGAGUCGAAGGUUUCUGAUACUUUAUUUAUGGCGGUCAAAUGUUCUUGUUAUUAUUCCUGUUCGCUUCAUACAUGCGAUGAGAAUGAUCAGUUGGCUGUUGGAUACAGAUCAUCAAAUAGAAUGGGAACAUUUUACUUUGAAAUAGGAUCUAAUGAAACUGAUGAUUACAUUUCUUAAUGUCUUUUCUAU